AUGUGGACGGGGAUCGCGCAGUCCUUUAUUGCUUUCUUGCGCCUCUUCUCUCAUUUCAUUAUUCGAGGAUGGACUAUUCUUACUACUAUUGGUCGAUGUUCCGGCGGUGCAGGUCUAGCACCUCGCGACACUGGAAACGGUUGGUGGUGGUGGAGUCAUACCUUGUCUGGGCACUUUCGCGAGCAUCUCGGAAGAGUUGUGUGUUUCUUGGGUAGCGGUUUUGAGACGAUAAAUGGCUCUUGUGGUUUCUGGGUCGGAGAACGGGAUACCUUUUGGGGUUGUACAGGAAACGCUCAAGAUGCGAAUGGUGUUGAAUGGGAUUAG